GAGGUGAAGGGGGAGCCUAGAAAGGGUACCAGACGGCGAGGCCGAGCCGGAAAGAGAGGGCAGGAGAGAAGGUGAGCAGACGAGAGGAGAGGAGAGGAGAGCAGGGUAGUAGCAGGAGCAUAGUGACAGAGAGAUAGAGCUGUAGAGAGAGGAGGGAAGCAGGUAGGAGGGAGAGCGAGAGCGAGCGAGCUCUCCCGUAAUCCUACCUCGCGGAGUUGCUAGGUUCGUUAGGAUUUCUGAGCCGUUGUUGCUCGGAUCUGCGUGGUGGUGGUGGUGUCCGGCGGAGUCCGGCGAGGAGGCUGUGAUUUACCGGAGAUCGGAGCCGCAUGUCUCAGAUCUGAGAUGGACAGGAUCCGGGACGGCAGGAGAGGCGGCGUGUCCGUCGGAGGCGGGCCGCCGCCGCCGAGGAGGCGACUGAGGAGCAACGGCGGCGGGGGCCCGAGGGACUCGCCGCGGUCCGAGAGGCGGCGGGGCGAGCGGCUCAUCCUCAACGGCGGGGGUGGCGGCGGCCGGGAUGACGGCGACGACACCUCCGACGAGAGCCUCGGUGACGACGACGACGACGCCGAGGAGGAGCUCGUGCCGAGGUAUCAGCCCGCGCAGAGGCGGUCGCCGAGCACGGCGCCGCCGCCUCCGUCGCCGCCGCAGCCUGGCGGCGGGCACCACCAUAGCAGUAGCAGCAGCGGCGGCGGUGGCGGUGGCGGUGGGGGUUACCACAACCACCACCACCACAACACCCAGCAGCAGCAGAUGCAGCGGAAGGGCGGCUCCAAUCCUAAGAGCCCUAUCGUGCUCAAAGCGGCCGAUGAAAUGAUCGGCGUGCCUGUCCCGAGGAAGGCUCGCUCAGCUUCUACGAAAAGGUCUUCACACGAGUGGCCAGUUCCCGGCGGCGGUGGUGCUAGCGCCGGAGACGGCUCGCAGAUCCAACGGCCUUCGUCACGGCCGAUCUCUCCGCCGUCGGCCUCAACCACCGCCCCUGCUCGGAAGAAGCUGAAACCACUUGGUGGCGGUGGGAGCAGCAGCGGUUCAGGGCCAGCACCGAAGCAGCGGCCGUCGCCGUCCUCAGCACCUUCUACAGCCCCGUCACAGCCGCCACCACCAAAAAUUUCGAAGUCACCAUCUUUCAUCCAGGAGGAGAUCGAGGUCGCCGAGGUGCUAUUCGGGCUUACGAGGCAGUUCCCGUGCCCUCCCAAGCAGGAGAGCAACCACAAGCUGGAGCUCAGAGACGCGCCUGAGGCCAAGUCCGGGAACUCCUCGCCGGCUCCCUCGUCGGCUCCCUCGUCUUCUGGCGUCCGACCGUCAGAUUCCACCUCCCUUGCCACUAUAGCGCCAAAGAGGAAGAGACCGCGGCUGGUGAAGUACGACGAAGACAGCCGUCAGGCGAGCCCAGCAAAGCCAGAGUUGGCAGAGCCGUCCUUAAGGCAGGAGGCGCCUCCUGUGGCGAGAUCAGAAGCAAAGACAUCUACGUCGGCAGCAGCCGAAAGUGGAACCAGCACCGCCCCCACCCCCGCCCCUGCCCAUCUUGAGGCUUCACGAGAGCCAGAGAAGAUGGAGGACCGUAGUAGAAGCAGAGAUUCGGAGCUCCGGGCCAGCGAAUCAGAUCGCCGGGAUCACAGGCCGGAGAGCCGGGCAGAGCCGACGCCGGCGCCUUCAGGCAAGCCGGACGGUGAAGCAAAGCCGGUGGGCUCCGAGGUCAGGAGCGGCGAAGAUAUCGCCACGACAAAGAUUGAGCUGGCAUCGCAUGGCACUCGGCAAGAAAAGUUUUGCAUUGAUCUCAUGGCUCCCCCUCCUGGGAAGCUAUCUCCUGAUAGAGAUGGCGCCUCCGACCCUGACGCGGAUAAGAAGGGACUGGAUUCUGAGAUGGACAUGUUGGGGAGAGGGAAUUCUGAAAAGAAAGAUGGUGAAAGGACUCGGAGAGGGCUGGAGAUUGAUUUGGAGGAGCAAAAGGUGCAAAGAAUUCCGUCCGAUGAGCUCGCCCCAAAGAAGCUCACGCUGCAGUUGGAUUUGGAGAAGCCCAGCCUUGGUGACGAAAAAUCGACAUCAGAACGACGGCAGCCACCACCGAUGCAGCAGCCGAAGUCCUCAAAGUCUGAGAUCAAGCAUGAGAAAUCUGCUAUGCCUGCUGUUACACCACCUAUGCCAAUACCUGUUGGAGGCUGGCUGGGGAGUUUCCCACCGUUUGGUUACCUUGGUCCAGUCCCGGGACUAUCGGCAGCUGGCCUUCAUCAUCCUAUGGACGUCAAGCCAAGCUCUUCAAGCGGAUUACAGCAUGCUGCAUUGCUUCCUCCGCCAAAACAAACAAAGCGCUGUGCUACACAUUAUUACGUUGCGCAACUGAUCCAGUACCACCAGCGACUUGCUAAGAUGAACUCUUUCUGGCCGCCAGCGGCGGCGGCAGCAGCUGCUGCCAACAGAUCGGCACCAUUCUUUGGUCCAAGACCAUUCAACAUGGGUGUUGUGCCACCGACGGACGCUGCCUCCCUGCUUGUCAACCCAAUGCAGGGGAGCUACCCUGUUAGGGCCCACACUCCACUGCAAGAAGCAAAGGCUCCAUCAAUGGCUACAUCCCCAUUCCAGGGGAGCCACUCAAAGGAUAAGGCGGCUUUGGGAAAUGCUAGUGGUGCUGAAUCAAGCCAAAGGAAGCAACCCCCUGCUCAUGAAACACAACAGCAUUCUACCCCCAUGCCGAACAUGCUGCAAGGCCCAGCAUUCAUCUUUCCAUUCAAUCAGCAACAUGCUGCAGCGGUGGCAGCUGCAAGUGCUGCCAAUAGAGUAGGGGAUGCAAAAUCGUCUGGAGCCAGUAAUGCAAUGCCACCAUCAUCUGCCAAUGCCCAUACUUCAGCAGCAAAUCCUGGUGCUGCAGCCAUGAACUUGAGCUUUGCCAACUUGCAACCGGCUGAUGCCCAGUUCUUGGCUAUCUUACAGAAUGGUGCCUACCCGUUCCAGGUUGCUGCCCAUGCCGGAGGGCCUCCAUCAUAUCGAGGCAUGGCACCACCAGGCCCAGGUGUUCCAUUCUUCAAUGGGCAUGUGUACUCUUCUCACAUGUUGCACCCAUCACAGCAGCAAGGUGCGCAGCAACAAAGUCUUCAGAAGACCCCCAUGCCAAGCUUGUCCACUUCAUCUCAGAAGCAUCAGCCACAACAAUCGCAGGGGCUACAGGGAUAUGCACAAAAUGUUAAUGCAGCUGCUGCUGCCAGUAAUUCCCAGAAUUAUUCCAGUGGCAAUCAGCACCCCAUACUACUACCUGGCCUCGCACACCGACAGGAUGGCGACAAGACUGGGCAAGAUGGCCCAUCGAGUGACGACAAGCCAUCUCACCCUCAGAAGGGCGGGUAUGAUAAUAAUUUUGCUGUUCCAGUUCAUCUUCCGAACUUUGCAUUGAUGCCAGCUGCUCCAGCUGCUGGCAGUCAAAGUGAGAAGAAGUCAAGUGAUCACCACCACCACCACCACCACCACCAGCCACAAGUCAGUCGAGGCCAGGGUGUGAGAAUUGAUCUUGCGUCAUCUCAGCCUUUCGUGAUGCCCUUCGGCUCCAUUGGUCCUCCUGGAUCUGCCCCAACUGGGCUUGACUUUUCUUCAUUGGCACAGAACCAUGCAAUGUUCCAGAGCCAUCAAGAAGCAGCACGGCAUGGUUAUCCUCAGCUUAAUUUUGCUGCAGCUCAAUCUGUUCAAGCGUCACAGCAUAAGCCCCAGCAUCAGAUCACUGGAGAAAUGAAAUCUGUGGCUGGGGAUUCAUCCUCCACACCCAGUGCUGGAGACAGCGAGAGAAAGAAAUCGGCAUCUACUAAGUACCCGGGUGAUUCACAACAGCAUUCGCUUUCCUUCUCCAGGACAGAAAGCAAGUCUUACAUGCCUCCUUUCCUUGGUGGCAACACUAAUGAGAGCUCAUCCCGCACCUUGAGCCUUAUUGGAGCAGAAUCUCCAAAUGCCUUUGGUAUAGGAAACAAAUCCACAAGUUCUUCCACCCCUGCAUCUAUGCCAGCUGCAGCUUCCUCCACCAUUUCUCAGCAGCAGCAGCAGCAUUUCCUUCAGCUUAACCCGAGGCAGCAGCAGCAAUUGAUGCAGCAGCACCAUCUGAAUCGCCCCAGAUCUGCUGCACCAAGUACACCAAGUAAUGCAGGAGGAUAUCCAGACCGUCUGAACAUGGCUAACUUUCAGAAUAUGAUGUACCCAUCAAGUGCUUCCCAAGGGGGAGUUCAAUCUCCUCAGUUGAAGGCAUCCUCAGCAAGAGUGACAGCUUCAUCUGCUGCUGUGACUCCCCCUGCAGCUCCACCCUCUAAUUUGAUUGUGAUGAAGAACAGCAAUCCCCAUCAGCAACAAGCAAAAGUUCCUAUGCAGGCUCUCUCCACUCCCAGUCACCAAUCGCAGAGUUUAAGCAUGAGUUCGUCCAAGAUGGGGGCUUCUGUAACUAAUAUUUCUACUGGAGGAGGGGAUCUAUCUCGAUCUUCAAAUGCUCCUGUUGCUUCCGGUUCACCAUCCAAUUCAGUGUCCAAAAGUACUGGUGGCAGUCCACCUGCUACUGGAAGUGCAAAGGGUGUUCAGCAGCCUGUCCAAUUGCCAUCACCACAACAACAGUCAGCAAAGAAUCCUGGGUCGACGUCUGGGUCCAAGUCAACUCCCUCGAAUCACUACAGUAUGGCUAUGCCAUCAAUCCUUGGCCAACAGCCUAACCUUUCACCUGCUUCAAAUCCGGGGAGUAAGCAGCAGUCACAUAUGCCACCAUCGUUGAAACAGCAACCCAUUCCACAAGGUCACUUCUACAUAUCCAACACGUUCACUCCGCAAGCUCCAGGAGCUGGUGGCGCUGGCCUCUACCAAAAGCGUUCGGCUGACAAGACGCAGCAGCAGGUGCCGCACCAGCAGAACCCCAUGUCAGCUGCCGCCAGCAAUAACAUGAAGGCGCUUCACCCUUCAUCCGGUGGUUUUAUGCAUCUUGCAGCAGCAGCUCAGUCUGCAGGUGGUGUGCCACACUCUCACAUGUCAGCUGCACAAUUCACUUUCGGGGCAAUGCCGAUGCCUGUAAAACCCUCAAGUGAUCAGAAGCCAGCAGCAGGAAAGUAAACAAUCUGGACGCCCACACAUCGGAGGCUCAGGGAGCGCUAAUCUGAAUCGGCGAGCUAACUGCUAAUUCGGGAGAAGCACGGACGGCAGCCAUCUCUUGGGCAGAAGAGGAGCAGCAACCGCAACAACAGUGGCGGCGGCGGUGGCUCGAAGAUCCCGCUUGGUCGCUGCUGUCAAGAAGGAGGAUGCGCCCAUUCCAUCCAUGCAUGCAGAAGCUUUGCAAACUUAAGUAUUCAGAAUGGUUGAUGGGAGUGAUACUUUUGUGUAGUUGGCUAUCCUCUCAUGGUAGAAGGCUGGAGGUGCAUAGAAUCUCUUUUAGCCGUUUUUAUGCAUGGAUGUCCAAAGCUGACUCUAGCUUUGCUCUUUUUUGUUCUCUUAACUGAAGGAAGUUAGAAUUCAGGAUAAGGUAACUUUGUGAUGCAGUGUUGUUCCCAUUAUAUCUGUCAAUACUCUGCUUGGAUUGUUUUAGCCAAACUAGGAGCGAGGAAGCAAAAUAUCCCAAGUAGGAGCCAGCCGUGAUUGGGGUGUGGCAUGACCUACCUUUUGGGUGUGUUGUUGUAAGUAGCUUUGGAAAAAGAAAUGAAUGAAUGUGAAGUGACAAAUUGUGGAUGCAAA